AUGCUCGAUGAUAUAACUAUUCAAAUAUAUGAAAGCACUCUGCCCAUUACUGUGAUCGGAGAAACAAGAUAUUCACUGAUACGUAGUUUCCAGGAAUACGUUGGCACUGAGUACACCCCCAUCAACAUGGAUGCCAGGCUCAUGUGGUCGAUCAUCGAUCCUUUUGAUAUGGUGGACACUACUGAUCUGGAGUGGGAGAAGACGUUCAUUACACACAAUCCAAGCAAACUAUUCAAGUCGUCAAAACAGGUUAACCUUCUUGGUCCACAGCCUGGUAGGCCUUCUCUACCCAGUACCAUACAUGAGUCUCUUAACACGUGGAAUGUUACUCCCAUGAAAGCAGCAGAGAAGCACAAAGGUCGAGCAUCUGAUACCUUUGACAUCAAGCAAACCAUACCGGACAAGUGUAUAGUGCAAGGUCAAGCCUCUGAUACCAUCUUCAAGCAAAGCAUGCAAGACAAGCACAUAAUGCAGGGGUCGGUGCCAGUUAGCCCUGCUGGCUGUAAGUGGUCCAAUAACAGUUGCACUUAUGAUGCUGUUUUGUUUGUGCUAUACAAUCUAUGGAAAUCGGAUGAGGCCAAGUACACCACAUCAUUCGCUCAUCUUCGCAACAGAUGGAUGGACAUGGCAUCCUUGUCGUUCAAGAAAUACAUAAAAGGGGAGUAUAAUUUGGAAGAAGAAUACGAGCGUUGA